GGCGGCGGGCGCAGUAGGAAGCCCGGCGCCGACCGCCGGGCGGAGGUGGCGGCCGCUCUCACUCGCUGCGCUCACCCGGCUCUCGCCCGCCGCCAGGGCUCCGGCCGCCCGGGCCGGGAUGGCGGCGGCGGCGGCCGAGCCCGGCGCCCGCGCCGGGCUCGGCAACGCCUCGCCGCGCCCGGGCAGCCCGGCCUCCAGCCCCAAGCUGGGCGGCGGAGGCCGCGCGCGGCUGGGGCCGGGGUCGGGGUUGGAGCGGGCGGGCGCCAGGCCCCCGGGUCCCGCCACUUCGGGCCACAGCUUCCGGAAGGUGACGCUCACCAAGCCCACCUUCUGCCACCUCUGUUCCGACUUCAUCUGGGGGCUGGCUGGCUUCCUGUGCGACGUCUGCAACUUCAUGUCCCACGAGAAAUGCCUGAAGCAUGUGAAGGCCCCCUGUGCGAGCUUGGCACCCAGCCUGGUCCACGUCCCUGUGGCCCACUGCUUUGGCUCCCGGGGGCUGUACAGGCGCAAGUUCUGUGCUGUGUGCCGCAAGAGCCUGGAGGCACCUGCACUCCGCUGUGAAGUGUGUGAGCUGCACGUUCACCCCGACUGUGUGCCCUUCGCCUGCAGCGACUGCCGCCAGUGCCACCGGGACGGGCACCGGGACCACGAUGCGCACCACCACCAUUGGCGGGAGGGCAACUUGCCCUCGGGCGCGCGCUGCGAGGUCUGCCGGAAGGCGUGCGGCUCCUCCGACGUGCUGGCCGGCGUGCGCUGCGAGUGGUGCGGUGUCCAGGCUCACUCGGUCUGCUCCGCGGCACUUGCCCCCGAGUGCACUUUUGGGCGCCUGCGCACAAUGGUCCUGCCCCCCGCAUGCGUGUGCCUGCUGUCCCGCAACUUCAGCAAGAUGCACUGUUUCCGCAUCCCCGAGAGCGCGGCCCCGGAGCCAGGCGAGGGCGACGAUGGCCCCGACGCGAGCGCUCCCGCGGGCCCGGGCAGAGAGGCGCUGGGGCCAGAAUCCGGUAAGCAGACCCUGAAGAUCUUUGACGGCAAUGACUCCUUGCAGCGAAACCACUUCCGUGUUGUCACCGUUCCCCGCCCGGCCAGGAGUGAGGAGGUGCUGGAGGCAGCGCUGCGGGCCUACUAUAUCAUGGAGGAUCCCUGCGACUUCGAGCUGCAGGUGCCCCCCGCCUCAGGACAGGCUGGUGGUACUGGAGCCCAGAGAAAGGCCUGGAGUGGCGGGACCGCGGAGGAGGAGGGCGGCCGAGGUGCCGGGUCCCGUGAGGCCGUGCCCGAGGCCUGGAUUAUCCGCGCUGUGCCCCACACCCAAGAGGUCCUGAAGAUAUAUCCUGCCUGGCUCAAGGUGGGUGCGGCCCAUGUGUCCGUCCGUGUGACCCCGCAGAGCACUGCCCGGACCGUGGUGCUGGAAGUCCUCCCGAUGCUCGGACGCCAGGCUGAGGGCCCCGAGAGCUUCCAGCUGGUGGAGGUACUCAUGGGCAGUAGGCAAGUCCAGCGGAUGGUGCUGGAGGACAAGGAGCCCUUGCUCGACCGGCUUCGUGACAUCCGACAGACAUCCCUGUGGCAGAUGAGCCAGACGCGGUUCUACGUGGCUGAGAGCAGGGUCGUGGCCCCACGCGUCUCCCUGUUUGUUGCUGGCCUGCCUCCCGGCCUGUCCUCCCAGGAGUACAGCAGCCUACUGGACGAGGCUGUGGCCACCAAAGCUGGCCUGGUGUCCAUGAGCCACGUCUACUCCUUGCAAGGUGCAGUGGUGCUGGACGUGGCCUGCUUUGCAGAGGCCGAGCGGCUCUACAUGCUGGUCAGGGACACGGCUGUGCACGGUCGGCCGCUGACUGCCCUGGUGCUCCCUGAUGUGCUGCCCAAGAAGCUGCCCCCAGACUGCUGCCCCCUCCUCGUGUUUGUGAACCCCAAGAGCGGAGGCCUCAAGGGCCGUGAUCUGCUCUGCAGUUUUCGGAAGCUGCUGAACCCUCACCAGGUCUUUGAGCUGACCAACGGGGGCCCUCUCCCUGGGUUCCACGUGUUCUCCCAGGUGCCCUGCUUCCGGGUGCUGGUGUGCGGUGGGGAUGGCACUGUGGGCUGGGUGCUCACUGCCCUGGAGGAGAUGCGGCACCGUCUGGCCUGCCCGGAGCCUUCUGUGGCCAUCCUGCCCCUGGGCACAGGCAAUGACCUUGGCCGGGUCCUCCGCUGGGGGGCGGGCUACAGUGGUGAGGACCCCUUCUCUGUGCUGCUGUCGGUGGACGAGGCUGACGCUGUGCUCGUGGACCGCUGGACCAUCCUGCUGGAUGCCCACCAGGCCAGCGGUGCAGAUGGUGUAGCCAAUGUGGAGCCCCCCAAGGUUGUGCAGAUGAGUAACUACUGUGGGAUCGGCAUCGAUGCAGAGUUAAGCCUGGACUUCCACCAGGCACGGGAGGAAGAACCUCGCAAGUUCACGAGCAGGUUCCACAACAAGGGUGUGUACGUGCGGGUGGGGCUGCAGAAAAUCAGCCACUCACGUGGCCUGCACAGGGAGAUUCGGUUGCAGGUGGAGCAGCAGGAGGUGGAGCUGCCCAGCAUCGAGGGCCUCAUCUUCAUCAACAUCCCCAGCUGGGGCUCGGGGGCCGACCUGUGGGGCUCCGACAGUGACUCGAGGUUCGAGAAGCCACGCAUGGAUGAUGGGCUGCUGGAGGUGGUGGGGGUGACGGGCGUCAUGCACAUGGGUCAGGUCCAGGGUGGGCUGCGCUCUGGCAUCCGCAUCGCCCAGGGGUCCUACUUCCGUGUCACCCUUCACAAGGCCACACCUGUGCAGGUGGAUGGCGAGCCCUGGGUCCAGGCUCCUGGGCACAUGAUCAUCUCGGCGGCAGGCCCAAAGGUCCACAUGCUCAGGAAGGCCAAGCCAAAGCCCAGGAAGGCUGGGACCCCAAAGGAUGCCCGAGCAGAUGGAGGGCCUGCCCCCGAGGGGGACCCGAACUAGAGAGAGGCUCUGGGGCAGUCUGCCCCCGCCCUACAGCAGUGGCCGCCGCUGGAUGGACUCUCCUGCAGCCCUGACCUCAGGCUGUUUCUCCCCCCACAUCCCUGGGCCACACCAAAACUGCUUUGGGUGGGGGGCAGGUGUUUCCCUCUUGCCUCCACACUACUGACAGGCUGAGCACAGGGCUCUGGGUGGCCAACGCUCUUGCCUUCUGGAGCCCAGGCCACUGUCCUUGGGGGCAGGCAUUCUCCCUAUGUAUCCCCCCUGCCACCUCUGAGCCCCAAGCGGGGUGGCACUGAGCCUUGGGCAGGCCCCUUGAACACUCCUUCAGGGCCCUGGGUGUGCCCAGCACAGACAGGGCACCUGCUGCCAGGUCCUCCGGCCCCACUUCACCACUGAGGGCUGGGUGGGGCACCCGCUGACAUGGGAGUAGGUGCCUUCCCCCCUGGCCUGGUCCCUGCGGACAGACAGUGCACCUCGGGGAGGAGGGCCCCACGGAGGCCAGGUGGGCGUGGCCAACAUCCUGAAAAUGGAGAAUGCUGCUGGGGCGGAAGCGAGAGGACGGCUCAACUGGGAAGGACCGGGACAUCCGCGCACGCCUAGGCCCAGGAAGUCUGGGGAAGUUUAGGGAGGUGAAGUGAGAAGUUGGCUCCUUUAAUCAUGUCCUGUCAACAGCGUGCCUGUCCCCGGGUCUGUUCAGCGGAGAGGUCUUCUGUGGUCUCUGCUUCUCCGUGGGGGCACUGAUGGCCGCACUGUCCACUGAGCCUGACCAAAAAUUAAUCUGCCCAGGCAGUCUCCUGAGCUCCAAGGGGCCCCUGGCUCACACUUGCCCAGCUGUCCCAGCACGCUGCCUGGCACCGCUGGCCCUAGCUCUGCCCUGAGAUGCGACCUCCACCUCAGACAUGGCCCUGCCAAGACCUGUGCCCCCCAAGCUUCUGCCAAAACCAAACACACAUUUGUACCGAGACGACUGUUUAUGGCAAAACGUCCUUGUCAUGCCUCCAGCACACAGAUGUCCAUCCCUCCUGUUCUUGUGCCUGGUGGUGUAAUUAGAUUUUAUUUCGUUGG